AUGUACGAAAAUGUGACUGCGUUACCAGCUACAAUGGACUGGAGAAAAAAAGGAGCUGUAACACCUAUCAAGGACCAAGGCCAAUGUGGAUCUUGUUGGGCAUUUUCGGCUGUGGCGGCUACAGAAGGAAUUACUAAACUUAAAACAGGUAAGCUAAUAUCUUUGUCUGAGCAAGAGUUGGUCGACUGUGACACUAGUGAAGAUCAAGGCUGUGAGGGUGGUCUCAUGGACGAUGCUUUCACAUUCAUCCAAAAAAAUCAUGGCCUUACUACCGAAGCUAAUUAUCCCUACGAGGGAACUGAUGGAACUUGCAGCACCACCAAAGAAGCAAACCAUGCAGCCAAGAUAACCGGGUACCAAGAUGUACCUGUCAAUAGUGAGGGUGCACUGUUGAAAGCUGUUGCAAAUCAACCAGUCUCGGUUGCCAUUGAUGCUGGAGAAUCAGAUUUUCAGUUCUACUGGAGUGGUGUCUUUACGGGGGAGUGUGGCACUGAGCUAGACCAUGGUGUUGCUGCUGUUGGUUAUGGCACUGGUGAAGAUGGAACUAAAUAUUGGCUAGUGAAGAACUCGUGGGGCACAAGUUGGGGUGAAGAAGGGUACAUAAGAAUGCAAAGAGAUGUCAAAGCUGUGGAAGGCCUAUGUGGUAUUGCAAUGCAAUCUUCGUAUCCAACUGCAUAG